AUGUCUCAACCCACUGCCAACCUCGCGGCCGUUCUACCCUCCCCCGGCGCCAAGCUGGUCAUCGAAGAGCGCCCCAUCCCCACUCCCGGCCCCGAUGAGCUCGUCGUCCGCAACCACGCCAUCGCCCUCAACCCCAUCGACUGGAAGCGCAUCGACCUCAACAUCGCCCUCCCCACCUACCCGGCCAUCAUUGGCUCCGACGUCUCCGGCAUCGUCACCGCGGUCGGCUCCAACGUAACUGCCUUCCAGCCCGGCGACCGCGUCCUCGCCGCGGGCCCCGGCAUGGGCACAGGCAACCCCGACCACGCCGCCUACCAGACCUACACGGUGGUGCCGGCCUCCAUCGCCGCCAAGCUGCCCGACGCCCUCGCCUUCCGGGACGCCGCCGCCGCCGUCACCUCCACCAGCACCCCUGCCCUCGCCCUGUUCGACGUCCUCGGCCUGCCCGCCCCAGAGAGCGCCGCCAAGCCGCCCACCAACACGGGCAUUUUGGUCUGGGGCGCCGCCUCGUCCAUGGGCACCGGCACCGUGCAGCUGGCGCGUCUCGCCGGGCUCAAGGUGUUCGCCACGGCGAGCCCGCAGCACCAUGCCCGUGUGCGCGCGCUGGGCGCCACGGCCGUGGUGGAUUAUCGCUCGCCGACGGCGGUGGAGGACUUGGUGGCGGCCGCGAAGGAGGCCGGUGUGAAUGUGGCGCUGGCGGUGGAUUCCAUCUCGACGGAUGAUACCCUUCCGUUGGUGGUUGAUUUCCUAGCUAAGUUUGACGGCCCUAAGAAGGUGGCCCAUUUGUUGCAGUGGCCGGAGCAUGUGGCGAAACCGGCGGAUGUUGAGGCGGCGUGGGUGGCAGGGUUCAGGAUCUGGUCCGCGAGGAAGGAUCUGUCUGAGAUGGUGUUUAACAGGUUGUUGACUGGGUGGCUGGAGAAGGGGGAGGUUGUCCCGGGCCCCGUUAGGGUUAUUGACGGCGGACUGGGUGGCUUGCAGACGGCGCUGGAUGUGUUGAGGAAAGGGGUGAGCGGCGAGAAAUUGGUGGUUGAGGUCUGA